UUUCAGAUCUUUUCAGACAUGGAAGACGAUAUAAGGGAUAGACCUGGAGUUAUCUCCCGAUUUUUCCAUUGUAUUGAAGUCAAGUAUCAGUACUAUCUGGACAGACUCACACCGCAAACAGGUGUUCGAUGGGUUAUCGCUUUGAUAGCUAUUCUGACUUUUUGCGCCAGAAUUCUCUACCUCCAAGGUUUUUACAUUGUUGCCUAUGCUGUCGGAAUCUAUUACUUAAAUCUUCUGCUCCUAUUUCUCACGCCAUCGAUCGAUCCUGCCCUCGAAGAUGAUGAUGAUGGACCGGUGCUUCCGUCCAGGACUAGCGAUGAAUUCCGCCCUUUCAUGCGCAGAUUACCGGAAUUCAAAUGCUGGCAUUCCGCUAUGAAAGCUACUCUCAUUGCAAUAACGUGCACCUUUUUCGAAUUCUUCAACGUACCUGUAUUCUGGCCCAUUCUUGUCAUGUACUUUAUCAUCCUCUUCUUCUUGACGAUGAAGCGGCAAAUCAUGCACAUGAUCAAAUACAAGUACAUCCCCUUUACCGUCGGGAAACCACGAAUGGCUGGCAAGGAAGAUACCGGCAAGGUUGUCAUCGGAUAGGUAGCUGUGCAAGUUAUCGUUCAUAUAGCUAUACCUGUUUUGUUGGCCCUUAUCAAGAGUUUUUGCUCUGCACAUGCGAAAUAGCAGCGAUAGUUUCCACGCAUGUGUUAUGAUGUAUGGGUUUCUUGUUUUCUUUCUGUAUUUGGUUUCACUGUGACUCUCAGGCUUCUUAACAGAACGCAUAAGUAAGCGAUGUGCCAUCUCAUCGCUCUAGAAAAGUUGGAAGCCACCUAUUUCGAUGAAGCUUCUCAUGCAACACCCGGCAGCGUUUCUUCACCUUUGUGUCGUUAUGUGUUAGGAAUGUUAUUUUUGCCUCUGAAAUUUAUGCCGAGUUUUCGAACUGUGAAGAGAAUGUAUCAUUGUAAUAAGUAAGUUAUUAUAUAAAGGUGAC